CCCUUCCUCAUAUCUUCCCAUAACUACCGGUGGCAUACCCUGUUUGAUCGCUUGUUGAAAAGUAACUCGGAUCAAAAAUUGGUGCUCGGACAACACUGAGCCAUCAUGCUUCCUCGAUACAUCACCUGGCUAGCCCUGCUCCUCUCAGCAUCCACCACAAUCGCCCAGACAUCCACAUCAUGCAACCCCACUGAAAAGACAUGUCCAGACGAUACAGGCCUCGCAUCCAGCACCUACACGCACGACUUCACCACCUCCGGAGCCGACAGCGAUGCCUGGAAUACGACUGCAGGGAACGUGACAUCCACCUCGUCCGGGCUGGAGUUCACCAUCACCAAAUCCGGCGACGCACCCACGAUUCAGUCAAAAUGGUACAUAUUCUUCGGCCGGGUGUCGUUUUUCCUGCGCGCCGCGCCGGGUACGGGCAUCGUCUCGAGCGCGAUCCUGGAGUCUGACGAUCUGGAUGAGCUGGAUUGGGAGUGGCUUGGUGGGAGCGAUUAUGUGUCGAAAGUGCAGACGAACUAUUUCGGCAAGGGAAACACCACGUCCUACGACCGUGCUGCCUGGGCCGCUGCGUCGGAUACCCAGACCACAACGCACAACUACACGAUCGUCUGGACCUCAGCGAGCACGACGUGGUACGUCGACGAGGUCGCCAUCAGGACACUGAACUAUGCGGAUGCCGUCAGUGGCAAGAAUUACCCCCAGACGCCCAUGAACAUCCGUAUCGGCAUCUGGGCGGGCGGCGAUAGCGCAAACGAUGAGGGCACGAUCGAGUGGGCGGGCGGCGCGACGGACUACGCCAACGGCCCGUUCACCAUGUACCUCGAGAAGGUGGAGGUAGUGAACGACAACCCGGGGGCGAGUUACGCGUACGGCGACCUCACGGGUGACUACAGCAGUAUCAAGGUCAACGAUGCGGAUGCCACGAACUCGAGCUCGUCGUCGUUGUUGUCUUCGUCCUCGGGCAGCACGGGGAGCGGGUCCGAGAGCGAGUCUUCGACGGCCACAGUGGCGUCGUCUGCGAGCGCGACCAAGACGGGUAUGUGGUGGACUGCGAGCGCGAGCGCGGCGGUGGCGCAGGCUGCUACUAGUCCGGCGUUGAGGCUUGGUGUUGGGACAUGGCAAUACGGCGUGAUCUGUGUGUCGAUGGUUCUUGUGGCUGUUUGGUAGCCUUAUACCUGAUCUAGCUUGACGAAAAGUAAGAAAAAAGAUUGUUCAACGACGUAUACCAUCAUCACUUGAGGAG